AUGGAAUAUUGGAUGUCGGAGGUCAAUGACAAGAAUCCGAAAUUAUUUAUUUCUGGCAGUUCAAAUACACAUCUUGAUCACAAGUCAAUUCGAUUAUUACGAAAGAAACAAAUUGUUGUUGCCGUAAUACCGAAGGGGUGUGCUAUGUAUAUUCAAGCACUCGAUGUUUAUGUGUUUUCAAUAUUUAAAAAGCAUUACUAUGAUUGCUCAGAAGAGUAUAUUGAGAAAGCAUGUGGUCGCUUGAAGGCCAAGCUCGCUGCAUCAGAAUCAAGAGUUCUAUGUACACGACUUACUUUGAUUGCAUGGAAAAGAACAGUUUUUGCUAUUGAUUUCAGGGAAAGUUUUCGUGAAAUUGGGUAUACAUGGGCCGAUCAUGUUACACCAAUAAAGCUUCAUACUCUUCCUGGAUAUAUGUACGAUCCGAGUGAUCGUAACUUGACUUGUUCAAUCGAAGAAAACGAGAUAGAUUUUAGUAUUUCUAGCAAAAUGGCUAAAAAGCAAUUGAAGUUGACUGACUUUUGGUGA